CAUAAGCACAACAUUUCAUCAAUACAGUGCAUAAAUAACAAACAAGGUUUAAAAUCCAAGUAUUAUAGAGUUGUUCCACAAGAUCUACAAGAAUUAUCAAGAAAGAGUUCAAAAUCUAAGUCAUCAUUGCCAUCUUGGUGUUUUAUCUCAAUUGAAACUGUAAUACAAAAUCCACAGAAUAUUUACUUGACAUGGACAGAUGUGACGAGUGGGUGACUCCGGUACAGGACACUUUAAACGUUGCCAAACAAACAAUGGCCAUGGUUAAUCAACCACAAAAGGCUCAAAGUUACCAAAUGCCACUUAAGCCUGGUGUCUGGUUCAAGAGAAGAAUUGUAAAAGUUACAUAUCCCGUUGAAGGAAUGGGACCUUCUAUUGAAGAUGGGCAUGGUCCAUUACUGGGCACGGAUGAGAAUAAUUUUCGUAAUCCAGAACAAAUUCAAGGAAUGAUCAUAGGUCUAAAAGAAAAGCUUCUGCUCAUUAAGGAGAGAUUACAUGGUGGACCAGUUGACGGCGUUGAUCAACUUGAGCCUUUAGAUUCUAAUACAAACAUGUUGAAGGCUUUGGCACCAGGACAAACUAUGUGUAAAAGAAAGAAGGCUGAGCCAGUGGAAAGAAGACAGGCAGAUGUUGGAUGUCACAACAUGUUGGAGCCCGAGGGAAUAGCUGCGGUAUAUAAACUGACGCAUCAUCUUCAAACCCAGUCUUCUAUUAUAGUUGAAGGGGUGGUGAAUGAUAAUGCCAGAAGGUUUACAGUAAACUUCUUGACUGAAUCUCAAAAACACAAAGACAAGACUGAUAUUGCACUCCACUUUGAUGUAAGGUGUGAUCCAAAUUCUUCGCAGUACACAGCUCGUAACACCCGCCUGGCAGGCAAAUUUGGCAAGGAGGAGGGAUUACAGGAUAUUCAAAAGUUUCCAUUCCGUCGAGGUCAGCCGUUCUACCUCGAAUUCUACAUCACCGAAAGCGAGUUUAAGGUGGCUGUGGAUGGUCAGCACUACGUCUCAUACAGACACAGAGCACCUUUCAAGUCUAUCUCCAAAAUUGAGAUCCUCGGAGAUAUAACUCUGACCAAUGUCCACAUCCAGAACACCCCCGUUAGUACUUACCCUUCCCCUCUGCCAGCACAGGGAGUGUGGAUUUGUGAAGAGGAUUAUAAUAAGGAACAGCAUGGAGAAAUUCUUAGUACUACUGAACCUGUGGAAGGAGGAAAUCGCAUGUUGGUGUUUGAGGGAAUAUCUGCGGUAUAUAAACUGAUGUAUCUUCUUCAAACCCAGUCUUCUAUUAUAGCUCAAGGGGUGGUUGAUGAUAUUGCCAGAAGGUUUACAGUAAACUUCUUGAUAGAAUCUAAAAAUAGAAGAAAAGACAAGACUGAUAUUGCACUCCACUUUGAUGUAAGGUGUGACCCAAGGUCUUUGCAGUACGUAGCUCGUAACACCCGCCUGGCAGGCAAAUAUGGCAAGGAGGAAGGAUUACAGGAUAUUCAAGAGUUUCCGUUCCAUCGAGGUCAGCCGUUCUACCUCGAAUUCUACAUCACCGAAAGCGAGUUUAAGGUGGCUGUGGACGGUCAGCACUACAUCUCCUACAGACACAGAGUAUCUUUCAAGUCUAUCAACACAAUCCAGUUCCUCGGAGAUAUAACUCUGACCAAGGUCCACUUCCAGAACACCCCCAUUGGUGCUUACCCUUCCCCUCUGCCAUAGGUGGGUAGAUUUGCUGUGGUGAAGUUAAUUAAUUACAUUGAAGUAUAAGAGCCAGCAACUUAAAAGUGCCACUAUCAUAAAAAGCAAAAGUUACAUGUUGAUCCUAGAAGUCAAUGUCAUUCUUAUUUUUGGUCAAAAUAAAAUAAAAAGCUGUAAUAAAUUUGUUUCCAA